UUAGCAUCUAUUACAAUGAUUAAGAGACGGCAAAACCAGAAAUGAGAGACCCCUCUUUUUCUCUCUCUAAACAAAGGGUAAAAACGCAAAAUAAAGGAAUUAGGUACAUCAAAACCCUAAUUCAGAUCAGGAAUUUUAUAGAUAGGUCCUGAAAUUGAGUUUUUUUAUUUAUCGGUCGGUCGGUCGGUCGAUCGAUCAAGAGCUUUAUGAACAGGAAUAGAGGAUAUCAAAUUAGGGUAGAUAUAGAGAGAUAGAUAGAGAAACGAGAGAGAAAAGAGGAAGAAGAAGAAGAAGAAGAAAGAAGAAUAAAAAUAAGAGAGGAGAAAAAGAAACUAUGUCUGCAAUAGUGUGCGGGAAGAGAUCUUUUUUUGAAGAAUUACCAGUGACAAGCCCUUCUACCGCCGCCGUUGUUGUCUCCUCUAAAAGAAUCCGUUGUUGCUCUUCUCCCGUUCGCAGUUUCUCUCCUCCUCGUUCUUUUUCCCCCUUUUCUUCUAAAUUAGAUAAACUCUUCGCUCUUUUUCCUCUUAUGGACAAACAGAUUAUCGAGAGAGCGCUUGAAGAAUGUGGUGAUGAUUUGGAUUCCGCUAUAAGAAGUUUGAAUGAGCUUCGUUUGGGAUCUGCUGCUGAUAACAGCAUCAACAACUUGGAUUCUAAUAAUGUAGUUAGAUCUGAUUUACUCCUCGACGCUAAUGUUCAACAAGGUGUAACAAUAACUAACGCAGAAGCUCCACCAACUGAUGAUCUAUCAGCUUCAUCGCAGCUUCCAAUGGAUGGUGCAGAGUGGGUAGAGCUAUUUGUUAAUCAAAUGAUGAGUGCCUCCAACAUGGAUGAUGCUAGAGCACGUGCUUCAAGGGCAUUGGAAGCACUGGAGAAGUCCAUCUGUGCACGUGCUGGGGCAGAGACGGCCAAAAGCUUUCAACAGGAAAAUAUGAUGUUGAAGGAACAAGUACAAGCACUGAUUCAGGAAAAUGCAAUUCUCAAGCGAGCUGUAUCUAUUCAGCAUGAGCGCCAGAAAGAGUUUGAAGAUAGGAGUCAGGAAUUGCAGCAUCUGAAGCAAUUGGUAUCUCAGUACCAGGACCAGUUGAGAGCUUUGGAGGUGAGCAACUAUGCCUUGACAAUGCACCUGAAGCAGGCUCAGCAAAGCAAUUCUAUUCCAGGCCGUUUCCACCCAGAUGUGUUCUAGUAGAAGUCUUUAUGGAACCAUCCCAUGAUAUCCGAUUCAAUACUAGCAUGCUCUAUCUUUUGGUAGACAGAACUUGAUUUCUGUUGACCAAUUUAAGUUCUUUGGGAUACUCUGACAAGUUGUCUGGUUUUAGUUUGAGAUGUGUUUUAUGCGCAACAUUUGUAGAUUUUAUAAUACAUAUGUUAAUAAUUUA